GAUUAAUAAAAAUAACGCAUUGCAUGGGGGAGAUUAGUCAUCGAAAGAAGGGGGUGAAAUGGAAACAGGAGCGUCAGUUGUUCCUCGCCGUUCAUUUUUGGGUUGAAUGAAUGUCGUUAGAAUGGAAAUGGGAAAAGGGAAAAGAAAAGGAUUGAUGUCGAAAGCUGUUCUUGACGUUCCCCAGAGUGUAUGAUGAAGGCAGCAUCCUUAAUGAUUUCCUGAAUCUCAACGAAACGUCUUGCAAGCAUUCUAAAUGUCAGGAGGCGAAGAAGGGGGUUCCGCGAGGCAGUUAGAUCAGACGCCGACAUGGGCUGUCUCUUUAGUCUGCGCAAUUAUCGUCCUCAUUUCUAUUAUCCUGGAGAAAGUUAUACAUAAAUUUGCUCACGUGCUUGAACAUAAGAAAAAGGCAGGUUUGCUAGAAGCCUUAGAAAAAAUCAAAGCUGAAUUGAUGGUUUUGGGAUUUAUUUCUUUACUGUUGACGUUUGGACAAAGCUACAUUGCUAACAUUUGUAUUCCGACUAAGUAUGGAAAUACAAUGCUGCCCUGUCGGAUAAGGUCCACUGAAGCUGUGGGUGGUGAGGGCGGUCAUGAAGAGGGUGGUCAAGAAGAGAGUGUUGAAGGUGGCGGUGAAGGUCAUGGUGGUGGUGAAGAUCAUGGUGGUGGUGCGGCGGCUGUGGCGACAGCAGCGGCUGAGCAUCAUCGCAGGUUGUUAUCCUAUGAACGUAGGUUUCUAUCCGGCGGUGACAGUGCAGCCUCCUGCAAACCGGGGCACAUCCCUCUCAUAUCCGUCAAUGGCUUACAUCAGCUACACAUCUUCAUCUUCUUCUUGGCUGUUUUCCAUGUGUUUUAUAGUGCAAUAACCAUGACCCUUGGAAGAUUAAAGAUUCGUGGUUGGAAGGAAUGGGAACGAGACCAUAUGAGAGAACAAGAAGCCAUGAAUGAUCCUAAUAGAUUCAGACUUACCCACGAGGUAUCAUUCGUCAGGGAUCAUAACAGCUUCUGGACUAAAACACCCAUUUCCUUCUAUUUUGUAUGCUUCUUUCGACAAUUUUUCAGAUCUGUUCGAAAGGCUGAUUACUUGACAAUGCGACAUGGAUUUGUGACUGUGCAUCUAACACCCGGAAGCAAGUUUGACUUUCAAAAUUAUAUCAAGAGAUCACUAGAGGACGACUUUAAAGUAGUCGUGGGAAUCAGUCCAAUACUUUGGGCGUCCGUGGUGCUCUACUUGCUUGUGAAUGUCCACGGGUGGCAUGCUUCUUUCUGGGUGUCUUUUCUUCCACUAAUAGUGAUUUUGACGGUUGGAACAAAGCUUCAAGCAAUUAUAACUCGAAUGGCCCUUGACAUACAAGAAAGACAUGCUGUGGUUCAGGGGAUGCCCUUAGUGCAAGUCUCUGACAAACAUUUUUGGUUUGAAUGGCCUCCAUUAAUUCUUUAUCUCAUCCAUUAUGUUCUCUUUCAGAACGCGUUCGAGCUAACAUAUGUGCUUUGGAUAUGGUAUGAGUUUGGAUUGAGUUCAUGCUUUCAUGAGGAUAUGCGCCUUCUUGUGGUCAGAAUUGCGUUCGGAAUAGCAGCUCAAGUUGUGUGCAGCUACGUGACACUGCCAUUGUAUGCACUAGUGACACAAAUGGGAUCCACAAUGAAGAAAUCAAUAUUUGAUGAACAAACAUCAAAGGCCAUCAAGAAAUGGCACCAAAAUGCUCAGAUGAAAAAGAAAAAUUCCAAAGGCAGAACCGCGACUCAAACUUUGGGAGCUAGUCCUCCUCAAGGAGAGACGCCACUCAUGCAAACCACAGAUGAACAACAACAAUUACAUCAACAACAACAACAACAUCGUCAAGAUCAACAAGAAUCUGCCACUAUUGUUACCCCCGUGGAUCUCUAAUACCGUUGCUGACUCAGCUCUCCAAACAACUAAAUUUUCUCUAUUCAUGUACUUCAAAAGAAAGUGACACGAUAGAAUAUGGCAGCUUGCAUAUAGGUUUAUAAACACAUUAUAUAUAAUUACACUCAUCAAAUU